UCACCUCCCACAACUGCUUCCUUUGCCACCUUUUCCCAACAGCUCACCACCAUCUCCCUUUCCCCUUUUCCUCCCACCCCUUCCUUCCACCACCACUUCCUCCUCCUCCUCCUGUUGCCAUGUCUUCUCAGCAACAGAUAGCUGAUGCUCGGCCUUGCACACACAGUGAAUUCAUUACCUACGUUUGUUUGGGUUAAUUCUCGGUUGAUAGAGGUCGGACACGUUGAGGCAGUCUCCCAGAAGAAGAAACCCUGCCUGCUCAUGCCAACCAACAGCAUCCGCAUGCAGAGCCCCAGCCAUGAAUCCCCACUUGGAGCCGCUCCUCCCCACCACCAUCAGCCUCUAUAAGUAGUCGCGAAAACUUCCGUCCCCCCCCCAUCUUCUGCUGUCUCUUUGUGCCUUCCAUUUGAUAGCUAGAAGAGAGAGUGUUUUCGAGGAUUAAUGGAGCAGCAGCAGCAGCUACAGAAAAGGCAACGCUCGCAGCAGCCGCCGCUAGUGCCGUGCGCGAGGUGCGGUUCCAGCGACACCAAGUUCUGCUACUUCAACAACUACAACACUUCGCAGCCGAGGUACUACUGCAGGACCUGCAAGCGCCACUGGACGCACGGCGGCACCCUCCGCAACGUCCCCGAAGGCGGUAGCUCCAAGAAGAGCAAGCUCAAAUCAUCGGCGUCGUCGUCGUCAUCGCCAUCCCUGAAGCUUCCUCAAGCGCAAGCGAUGGUCGACCAGAUGGCAGCCGUUGCGGUUGGUACCAGCACCAACCCGGACCGUGCUGCCAUGCCGCCGCCGUUACUCUACGGCGGCGGAGCGAGAGCAGCCGGGUGGGGAGGUAUUUUGGGAGAUGAGCCCGCUCUUCCGGCCUUCAAUUCCGGCGGCUUGGACGGCGACUUUGGCCCGUCGAAUCCUGCGACGACGCCGUCGGGAUUCAAUCUCUUGCAGCAGCUGGUGCAGCAACCCCGCUUGACUCUGGCUCUGCACCGAAACCUGUUCAUGUUCCAACAGCAAAUGAAUGCUCCCGCGUUUGCCACUGCAGCUCCCGCCAUUGUUGCGGCAGAUGCCGCUGCUACAACCGAAGAAAGCAAUCAGAACUAUCACAACAACAGCAGGAUGUCGAACAUGUCAGGCGCCCCUCACCCUCCUCCAUCCUCAUCUUCCAUGUGAGGAAACCUUGGAUUGCUUUCAAUACCUAAGCCGACCAUUCCAACUGUAGUCCUUUAUCUCGACAACGAUAACCCAUACACGCAGCUGAAAGAUGGAGAAUGUACCAACAAAAAAGCCAGAAGAGACCAGAAGACAUGGUCCUUAAAUCUUUCUAACUUCUGCAUGAACUUUUGGACAUGGUACGUGGAAUGUUGUGAUGGGAUGGCCAUGCACACAAAACAAAGGACAGUGAAAGCAUGCGAAUUCUGAUGUAAGGUGGAAGCCGGGUAAGAGUGAUUCAUGAAACCACACAAGAAAAAGAAGCAGAUGAGUGAUAGGAUCCACUGCCAAUUGCCUUCCUUGCUUGUUUAAUCAUUCCACUUCGUUGGGUUAGGUGCAAGGAUGAGUGCUUAUGACGUGUAAUCGAAGACUAAUUUGACCAACUCAAUAGUUGCUUGCAGGAGAAGGCUAUAUAAGAUACUAUACAGUGGUUAAAGACGAUGUGAACUAGAAAUCAUUGUCGGAAGUUGUCAUCAUACCUUUAUUAUUCUAACCAGAUAUAUUCCUUGUGGACAUGACACUUCGAUCAUAGAUACUGCUUGUAAGUGUUAGUGUUGGAUAACCUUGCAAGAAACAUGGCUUUAUGUUCUUGAUUCUUUUUUAUUCCUCCGUCACAGAGAAGGGGAAUUAUUAUUCCAUGCUUUUGCUUUUCCACAAAUAAUACAAAUAUGG